AGAAGUGGUGGUCUGAUAACUCUACGAGGAGGUGAUGCCGUAAAAGGUUUUACCGUUCGAUAUUAUUAUACAACGUACAUUUACAUUAGCGACACAUGAACACUUGAACACACACAGCGUACGAGAUUGACACAAUGAGCUAUCACAGAGGAGGUGGUAGCAAGCCAAAGGGCUUUGGCUUCCCUGGUUUUCAAAUGCCUGGAGCAAAGAGAAGUGGCACCAACAUACCUCCACCUCCACCAAACUCAGCCUUGAGCAAACAGGGCUAUCAUACAAUGAACGCUAUUACAGAGAACGCUCUGUCCGCAUGCUGGGGAAUGCCUAAAAAGCGCAGUAAAACUGAGGAAGAAUAUUUCGAGGACGACGACGAGCCUCCAACUUCGUCACUGGAAUACAUACCUGCUCCUGGCUCUCCCACAAAUGACCUAAUGAAAAAGUCGACAACGAAAGAUGAAAGCGACAGCGAAGAGGAUCCCUUGGACGUUUUUAUGGCGGGUAUUGAUGCGGAGGUAAAACGAAAUAAUUGUGCUGCUCAACAAGAAGAUAAUCGAAAAGAGGAUAAAUCUAAGGGAUUUCGGGCAGAUAUUGAUGGAGAGGAUGAUGAAGAGAGCUACUACAGGUACAUGGAAGAAAAUCCAACUGCUGGCUUGCAACAAGAAGAAUCCGAUCAGGAGAUCGAGUAUGAUGAGGACGGUAAUCCCAUCGCGCCACCAAAAAAGAAAGAUAUUGAUCCGUUGCCUCCGAUUGAUCACAGCGAAAUAGAAUACGAACCGUUCGAGAAGAAUUUUUACAACGUGCAUGAGGAAAUCGCAAGUUUAAGCAAGCAACAGAUCGACGAUCUGAAGAAGACUUUGGGUAUAAAGGUGUCGGGACCGUCUCCGCCGAAUCCGGUCACGAGUUUCGGCCACUUUGGAUUCGACGACGCACUGAUCAAGGCCAUACGUAAGAACGAGUACACACAACCGACGCCUAUUCAAGCGCAGGCUGUUCCUGCCGCUUUAAGCGGCCGAGAUAUAAUAGGCAUCGCGAAGACUGGAAGCGGCAAAACGGCGGCUUUUAUCUGGCCGAUGUUGGUGCAUAUCAUGGACCAGCGUCAGUUGAGCGCCGGAGAUGGUCCCAUCGGUCUUAUUCUGGCGCCAACCCGAGAAUUGUCUCAACAGAUCUAUCAAGAGGCGAGAAAAUUUGGAAAGGUGUACAAUAUUCAAGUGUGCUGCUGCUACGGAGGUGGCAGCAAGUGGGAACAGAGCAAAGCGUUAGAAAACGGCGCGGAGAUCGUAGUCGCGACUCCCGGCAGAAUGAUCGAUCUAGUUAAGAUGAAGGCAACAAAUUUAACGAGGGUUACGUUUUUGGUUCUGGACGAAGCCGACAGAAUGUUCGAUAUGGGUUUUGAACCGCAAGUACGAUCGAUAUGCAAUCACGUGAGACCCGACAGACAAACGCUGUUGUUCAGCGCAACGUUUAAAAAGCGAAUAGAGAAGCUCGCAAGAGACGUUUUAACGGAUCCUAUCAGGAUAGUGCAAGGUGAUGUCGGUGAGGCUAACACCGACGUGACGCAACACGUUAUCAUGUUCCAUAACAAUCCUAGCGGUAAAUGGAACUGGCUGUUGCAGAACUUGGUUGAGUUUUUAAGUGCCGGUAGCCUUUUGAUCUUUGUCACUAAGAAGCUGAACGCAGAAGAGCUUGCCAACAAUCUCAAAUUGAAAGAGUUCGACGUGUUGCUUCUUCACGGUGAUAUGGAUCAAAUCGAGAGAAACAAAGUGAUUACGGCAUUUAAGAAAAAGGAUGUCAGUACCUUGGUCGCGACGGAUGUAGCCGCACGAGGUUUGGACAUUCCACAUAUCAAGACUGUCGUGAACUACGAUGUUGCGCGUGAUAUCGAUACGCAUACACACAGAAUAGGAAGAACGGGACGAGCCGGUGAGAAGGGCACGGCGUAUACUCUUGUUACGGAAAAGGACAAGGAGUUCGCCGGAUAUUUAGUGAGAAACUUGGAAGGAGCGAAUCAGGAAGUGCCAAAGAGCUUGAUAGAUCUGGCUAUGCAAAGCGCGUGGUUCAGGAAGUCGAGGUUCAAAGGCGGGAAAGGGAAGAGCAUCAACGUUGGCGGGGCCGGACUUGGUUUCAGAGGACGACCAGAUUCGUCAAAUGCGUCCGGUUCGACGUCGCAAGCGUCCAAAGACAUCAGCGAGGUGGUCAAGAAGCUGGAAAGACACGGGCCCGGCAGUGAUAGACUCUCUGCUAUGAAAGCCGCUUUUCGAAGUCAAUAUAAUUCACAGUUCCGAGCGUCGUCGGAUCACACUUGGGAACAAACGAUCACCCCACCUUCGGUAAUCAUGCCGCCACCGUCGACCGUUCCGUCACCGAAAUCCACGGCGCAGGACAACCAGGCUCCCAAUUCGUCGGAACCAGAACGGAAAAGAGUGCGAAAGAGUCGAUGGGAGUGAUCAGGUUAAUGUUUCCUUUAUGUAUAUUUUUUUUACACAUAGCGGCUAUUAUUCGAUCGAAAAUAAUAAUAAUACUUGAAGAAUUGUUUUAUAUUAU